UAUGGUUCAACGACUUGUCCAAAAUGGCUGAGACAGAAACGGAUAAUAACAGUAUAAUUCGGCCUGAAAGAAACAAUAAGACUCAAGUGGCUACCAAUGGACCCCGCCGCGUUACAAUCUACAAAACCGAGACUGGUUUCGGUUUCAACGUGCGUGGUCAAGUGUCUGAGGGUGGACAGUUGAGAUCGAUCAACGGGGAGCUUUACGCUCCACUGCAGCACGUCAGCGCUGUUUUGGAGCAAGGAGCAGCGGAGCAGGCCGGCAUCCGGAAGGGUGACAGGAUUCUCGAGGUCAAUGGCGUGAACGUUGAAGGAGCCACCCACAAGCAGGUGGUGGAUCUCAUCAAGUCUGGCGGCGACUGCCUCACUCUCACAGUCAUCUCCGUGACACCUAAAGAAGCCGAACGCCUAGAGCCAUGCGACGACGGCUCCGCCCCAGUGGGCGUAAUCGGCGGCGCUGCCAACUCCCGAGCCACAGUAUAUCAGCGCUACGACUACACAGACAAACGUUCCCUGCCAGUGUCCAUCCCCGACUAUAGAGUCGUGAUGGAGCGCAAUACCGGCCGGUCAUAUGUGGCCUUCAACGUCCACAUGGCCGGCAGACAUCUCUGCAGUCGGCGGUACCGGGAGUUCUCGCAGCUCCAUCAGAUCUUAAGGAAAGAGUUCUUGGGCUUUAACUUCCCCAAGCUACCUGGAAAAUGGCCGUUCACACUCAGUGAGCAACAGCUGGACGCGAGGAGGAGAGGUCUCGAACAGUAUUUAGAGAAGGUAUGCGCAGUAAGAGUAAUAGCAGAAUCUGACGCGGUGCAAGAGUUCCUCACCGACUCUGACGACUCGUCCAACCCUACUCCAGUGGACCUGAAGGUGCUUCUCCCUGACAAGGAGGUGGUGACGGUGUCAGUACUCAAAUCCACCAACGCUGACGAUGUAUACAGAGCAGUCUGCGAAAAGAUCGGGCUCUCCAAGUCCGUGCACAAGUACUUCUACCUCUUUGAGAUUGUCGAAUAUAAUUUUGAACGCAAACUCCAACCCAAUGAGUGUCCACACUCACUGUACAUACAGAACUACUCUACAGCGUCGUCGAGUUGUCUCUCCGUUCGCAAGUGGCUGUUCAGCCCAGAACGGGAGCUGCGCGUUGUCAAAGAGGACCCUAAGGCUGCUGCUUUCAUAUUCUGGCAGGCAGUAGAAGACGUGAACCGAGGCGUAUGCGUAGCCGGCGCUCGCCUGUACCAACUCAAAGCGUUACAAGACGUUCGGCGAGCAUCAGACUACCUGUCCCUGGCGCGGACACUACCGGGCUACGGAGCUGUCGCCUUCCCGCCCGCGCAUACUGACUGCAGGGCCACGCCCAUGAUCGCGGUCACUGUCGGCUGGUCGGGCGUGCAGCUGUGCCCGUGCGGCGCGGGCGCGGGGGGCGCGGGGGCGGGGGCGGGGGCGGGCGGCGCGGAGCUGCCGUGGGCGGGCGUGCGCUCGUGGCGCGCCGACGACGACGCGGCGGCCGCGCGCCUGGCCUACUGCCGCGCAGGGGCCGCGCCCGAACACGUCACGCUCUACACGCCAUACUACCAAUUCCUGUGCAACUGUAUGGACAGAAUAGCGGAAGAAGCGAACUGGGUGGACACGGGAGAAUAAAAGCCGCUAGACGUAAGCUAACACUCGGUAUUAUCGUUUACACGCUGGCAUUCUAGCUGAGAAUUCGCGGGUGGCAACACUGAGACUUCGAUUGGCUGUGGUAGCAUUGGUAGGAUCGCGGAAUAACUUGCAACACUGAUGGUAGAAAAAUAAGUUGAAAUGUUUUUUUAUUAUGGUAGAAAAUGAAUUAUGAUUGACAUAAGUCCAGGAUAAAAAAUAAUCGGUAUUAUAUCGUAAUAAUAGAAUUUUCGAUUUAGAGCUCUUCCAAAUACGUUUUAACGUUAGUUUUCGACGUAACUCUGAGUGCAGAGGCCAUUAUAGAUUUUUACAGUUACAUUAAAUGAAAACUUAUUUAAUAAUAGAAUAAUUUAGAACAAACUAUGUCAGUAUUGAAGCAAUUAGUAAGUUUAAGCUAUAGAAUGUUGGCAACAUUGAAUAAUCGGUGAAGAAGUGUUGCCAUCUUGAAAAUUCUAACUAAAAUGGCAGCGUGAGUAGUCCCUAUAAUUAUCAGUUAUCGUACUAUAAAAAAUAUACUAAUGUUAAUAUAUUCGUUAAGUAUGUCCGACUUGUGAAAACGAAUUAUCAUUGUCGAGGACCAGUGCAGCUAAUAAACAGCUGUGGAAAUAUGUCUGCCUCGCUCUAACGCAAAUAAUUUGCCGUAAAAGCGAAAGAGAUAGUCGUUUUCUCAGUUUCGUUUAAAAAUUCUGCUGUGGUAGACUGGGUUACGUUCAAAAACAUAUAUUUAGAGUUAAUUGUACUUAAAUCAAAUUGCCACUUUAUACUUUACCUAGUUCUUAUGACUCUAAAAAAUAUGUUUACAUACAUUAAUUGUUUGUAAGCCCCUUUUAUAUGAAAUAU